GAUGCAAUGCAAUGCAAGACCGACACAUAGCCUCCGAAAAGCAGGGUUGUUCUCUAGGUGCUGCUGCUACCUACGCUAAUCAGGAACCAAUGGUUUACGCUCGAGUACAGUCGCGUAUGACCAAGUAAAUGUGCGGUGGUGCGUCGCUAACCAGGAACCAGCUUCACUAGCUGAUACCUAUCCUUACACAUACAGUACAGACCAGCGUUGACCUGCUCGAGGGUAUCUGGAGUCUAGAGUCUAGACUAGACCAGCUCGCUCUCAGCUCCAAACCGCACGUCAUCGCCAUUUCUUUCCUUAGUCGACCACUGAUUGUGGCCCUUUGGCGAAGGCCCGUUGUGUAACCGUCGCGUAAUUGAGAAAUCGUGCAAUAGCGAGAAAUCGUGCCACACCCUGGUCGACUGGGCUCGCCCUUACUAUCCCCCUAUCAAGGUGUCUAGUCCGUUUUACGAAAUGACCGUUGACGACAGUACGAGAUUGUCGGUGGUAACCAGCGGCGAAGCGUGCGAAUUAAGACCAGUUCGCGACACCACCAGCUGCAGGCUUGGUACAGCAGGCAACUCUCACGACUCUUCCGCCCGCGACACGACGGCUCACGGCUCUUCGUACGCCCGCGACUUUUCCGACAUCCGCGAUGCGACGGCGAAGGGCGCCGCUCAACAGAGCAGAGCCCCCGACUCGCAAGCGACGGCUGCCGUACUGCCUCCACGCUCCUCAGCGUCGGGUUCGGGGAUACGCGUAGGCCCGGACUCACGCUCGGGAGUAGGCCCGGGUUUAGGCAUGGAUACAGGCCUGGAAUCAGGCUCGGCCGCUCGGCACGGAGCUACAGGCGACGUUCGGCGGCAGUGCUCGUGGUCCGUGCUCGACGUUCGCCGGCCGUGCUCCGCGCUGCUGCUCCUGGCGGUGCUGCUGCUUGCUGCGUCGUCGGCUCCGGCCGUGUUUGCCGUCGACAUGAAUUACGCGCAAGUGAUGGCGCUGAUAGAUCUGCGCGUGGCGCUGGGAAUAUCGGGGCUGCAGUGGUGGCGCACCAACGGGAAGGUCGUUUGCGGCGCGUGGAUAGGCGUGGAGUGCGACAGUGCGGGCAACGUUGUUUCCAUCACGGCGUACAACGUGAUCACCAAGCCGGGCCUCCUCACAGCGAACUUCACCAAGUUGAAAUCGCUGACAUAUCUAGACCUCUCGUCUAACUGCCUCAACGCGUCUCUCGACCAGUUCGCCCGCCCCUUGUUGCGCCUACCCAAUCUGCGCGUCCUGAGUCUGAGCAACAACAAGCUCUGGGGCUCCGUGCCUAGCUACCUGCUGCAGAUGCCCAAACUGCAAAAGCUUCUUCUCUCCCGCAACUUCCUCACCGGUGCUAUCCCCGUCAAGAAAUCCAAGUCCCUGACCACCCUCUCAGUCUCCCACAACUUCCUCCGAGGCCGCUUCCCCUUCGCCAUGGACUGCCAAACCGUGGGCAAUUGCUUCUCCAACCCCGGGAGCAGGUGUGCUAGUUACCCUCAGCGCACGCCGUCACGCUGUGUGGCGCAGUGUGGGGGCGCGGAGGUACAGGCCCAGUACGGGGGGCUCGUGGCUUCUCCUGCUGCUGCUGCUGCUGGUGCUGCUGCUGCUGCUGGUCCUUCUACUGCAAGGGACCCAGCUGCUCUGAUAGCCACUUCUGCCACUGCUGCCUCUGCCUCUUCAACCCCUCUCAAAACCGCCACCAGCAGCAGCAGCAGCAGCAUUAAAACCACCGCAGCGGUGAUGCGAGCAGGAGCCCAAGCGCUUGCACCUUCUUCCAACACCACCACCUCGCUUUCCUCCUCCUCUUCCUCCUCCUCUCCCGCCUUCCAUCUCACCUCUGCUGCAUCAGUCUACUCUGCUGCGCCUUUCCUGAGUCCCUGUGGCGGAUUCGGCCGCUGCCAGCCCAGCGUGGACGACUCGCCGCGCGACGCCACGGCCAGCGUCGCCAGCGCCACUCAAUGGAGCUGCAUGUGCAGCACUGGGGCGUUUCUCGCAGACCCAGACGUUUGCAAGUGUGAGAAGAAGACUGGGUGUCCCAGCAACCACCACUGCCCCCCCAUGUCUACAUGCAAGGCCCGCCUAUCAUGCCUGGGGUACAUAUGCGAGUGCAAGUGGCCACUUGUACCCGUUAAGAGCAGAAGCAGCGGCAUGGUCACCAAGUGCCGCCUCAAGUGGCCUUGGGAAAAGGGCCGAUAAAAAGGCUUCAGCUGGGCAGGUGCCGAGGGCAGGUUGAAACGAUGCAAAAUGAGUUGACUGGCAAAUCACCAGCCCUUCGAACAGUAGAGUAUAGUUUCAAAAUGUGGGCGCUUUGCAGUGGUUGGGUUAGGUGUAUCGUGGUAGGCGUUAUAUGGUGCAGCAAGAUAUGCACCAGUGAAUUUCGCUUUUGUGGUUUGCUUUGCUUGUGAGUCAAGAGAGUCCAAGAGUCCAACCAAGCACUUGGUUGACUGCAGUUGAUGCAUGCUAAGGAACCUGCUGCUAUGUAACAACCACAGUACAC